AUGAUAGGCUGGAUUCUGGUGGCUGUCGCCUGGUCGCCGGUGGUCUGCGAGGAGUUCACCUUUAGACUAAGGAAUGAUGUGCUGGAGCUACGAGGCCAGGAUGGCCUCUUUUUGCCUCUCUGCUUCAGUUCAGCUAAGGAGGAGUACGCCGAAGAGAUUUGCUCAUCUUUGGGCAGAUAUUUGGCCUCAUUCGAAUUUGUCCCGCUGCCACCGCAACCCAGCUAUUCGAUAGCAUGUGUCGAUGGCAUCAACUGCUAUUCCUACAUCAACACUUACUGCAGACAGGGAAUCGCUGCUAAAUGCGCCGUCGACUUUUGUCCUCCAGACUCGAUGCCCUCUGGAAGAUACUGCCUGCAGACGUCUGUGAUCAUUUCCACAUCAUUCUCAGACGCUCGUGAAGCGUGCUCUUUUCGGGUGUUGUCUCUGCCUCGUGAGUCGGAUCGCACUGCUCUCAUACAGCUGAUAUCUGAAAAUUUCGAUGAACGUCGGACAUUUUUCACUUCGGGUUUUAGAGGUGGAUCCCAGUGGAUGUGGGACGAUGGGACACCUAUCGAUUUCGCAGUGCGCGGCCAAGGCAGAUGUCUCGCAGUGACCAGCGGUGAGUUCCACGCGAUCGAAUGUGACUCACCUGGCACGGCGUUGUGUGAGGUGGCACGAGAGUGUGUAUAUCAUGAUGAAUACGACGGAAGGAAAAAUAACACUCAAAAUGGUCUCCCGUGUAUGAAAUGGAACGAUCCAUCAGUGUUGUUCUACGGAAAAAGUGUAGGCGAACAAACUGGAUGGGAUCACAAUUUCUGCCGGAUACUGAAAGAAGAACGAGCUAACGACGAUAAUCUGCAAGUCAACCCAACUCAGCUCAGUAAUAAUGAAAUAAAAAGAAGAAAGAUAUUAUUACUAUUGACACCAAGCUGUUUCUCCUCACCAUCGAUUCGAAAUCCGUGUUCGAUCCCAGAAUGUCCAGAGUCCUCAAGUAGAAUUGAAUUCAAGGCUGACCUAUCUUCUUCAAAAUGCGGUCCAGACUUUUUUGCGUGUCGUGACUCCGGCAAAUGCCUACCGAAUGACUUCCAUUGUGAUUAUGAGCCUGAUUGUAACGAUGCUAGUGAUGAAGAAAAUUGUGAAGACUACUUGAAGUACUUUGAACUGGUUGGAACGCUGAAAAUUGCAGACAAAAUAACCGAGAUUUGGACUUAUAUUCCACAUGUUCAGGGUUGUGCAAGACGUUGUAACGAAAGUACGCUAGUCUGUGAAGCGUUUUCAUACGAGUCUCGAACACAGACGUGUUUGCUCACAGACAGCACUGAAGUCAGUAGCAAUCUUGCAGUAAAGCCUACGAGUAAAUACUAUAGGAAGCGAUUCUCUACAAAAGACGUACACUUCAAACUGGUCGACUAUGUUCUGCGAGUAGCAAAAAAUCAUACAUGGGGACAUGUCUGUGAUGAUGGGUUCUCAUCAAAAUUUUAA